AUGCGACAAAACCAUUUAUGCAUUUGUACAGAACAAUUACAUACUUUGACUGUGAUUUGUUUCAUCUUGUUUGUUUAUUAUUUUCGUCAAAGUUAUCAGAAUAAUAAUAUUGCUUAUAAUAUUCCUGAUCCAGAAUGUACCGAUGUUUUUAAUCUUUGUACUGAUGUUGAUAAAGAACAACUUGGUUGUCAAAUUAUUCGUGUAAUACAAGAACAAAUGGAUGAUGAUAAAGAUGGAUUAAUUCGAUCAUCUGAAAGUACUCAUAUGAGUUUUUAG